AUGGAAAAUAAAGGUGAAGAAAUAGCAAUUGUUGGAAUAGGAUGCAAUUUUCCUGGAGGAGAAGGCAUUGACAACUUCUGGAAAGUUCUUCUUGAGGGUAGAAACUGUGUAGUAGAUAUUCCACCAGAUCGAUUCGAUACUAAAUUCUGGCAUGACACAGAUGACAACAUAGCUGGAAAAAUGAUCACGAAGCGCGCAUGUUUUAUCGAAGGGUUUAAUGAAUUUGACCACAAGUUAUUUAGCAUUAACCAAACAGAAGCCAACAGUAUGGAUCCACAGCACAAACUUCUGUUAGAGUGCACAUACAAAGCAUUUGAAAAUGCAGGGAUGCCUAUGGAAGACAUCAGCGGCAGUCGGACAGGAGUUUUCAUUGGACUCAUGAAUCGUGACUAUGAAGGGAUUCUAAAUAGUGUUGCCAACAAAAUCACCCAUUACAAUGGGACAGGGACAUCAAUGAGUAUAGCUGCAAAUAGGAUUUCUUUCACUUUCAACCUUACAGGACCAUCAUUGGCUAUCGACACAGCAUGCUCUUCAUCCCUUGUUGCUCUACAUUAUGCUUCUCAGGCCAUCAAGCAAGGUGAUUGCGAGAUGGCUGUUUGUGGGGGAGUGAGUUGUAUCAUUGAACCAAGAGUCAAUGUAGCACUUAGCAAAGCAAAAAUGAUAUCACCCGAUGGAAUGAGCAAGCCAUUUUCCAGCAAUGCUAAUGGGUAUGGAAGAGGAGAAGGUUGUGGAAUUCUUCUGUUGAAGAAGCUUACAAAGGCACAGAAAGACCAUGAUCAUAUUUGGGGAGUAAUAGUCCGUAGUGCAGUCAAUCAGGAUGGUAGGACAGUCACACCCAUCACCAGACCCUCGAAAAUGCAGCAAGAAGAGCUAUUGAGAAGAAUUUACCCCAGAAAUGUUGACCCAUCACAGAUUCAGUACAUGGAAGCUCAUGGAACCGGAACACCAGCUGGUGAUCCUACAGAAGCCGCUAGCAUAUCAAAUAUUCUUGGGAAAUCCAGGCAAUCAAACUUACCUCCACUUAUCAUGGGUUCUGUCAAAGGAAACAUUGGUCAUACAGAGUCAGCUGCAGGAGCAGCAGGUUUAAUUAAAGUGCUUCUCAUGAUGUAUCAUGGAAAAAUCGUGCCGUCACUCCACUACUCUGAGGAGAAUUCAAGCAUCAAUGCAAAAGCAUUGAAUCUGCACAUUCCUACUAGUGUGAAAAAAUGGGAAGAAGGUUUGAUGAAAGAGAAGAUGGCAGGGGUCAACUCAUUUGGAUUUGGGGGAACAAAUGCUCAUGUAGUAGUGAGGCAGUACAGGCAAGAUUCUGUUCAUAACUGUGUACAAAAACCUUUAGAAAUAUUUGUGCUUUCUGCUGCCUCCCAGAAUUCAGUUAAAAUGAUGAUAAAAGAUACAAGUCACCAAAUAAGCGAAAGUGAUGACAUUGUGCUCCAGAACCUGGCAUAUACAUCUGCUUGCAGAAGAAGUCACAAAAAUAACAGAUACAGAAAAGCAUUUGUGGCAUCUUCCAUCAGUCAUCUACAGCAGCAGCUUAAAUCAGCCACAAAUACUGAAGUAGCUCAGAUAAAGACAGGGGUGAAGCUAAUAUUUGUAUUUUGUGGCAAUGGUGUUUUAUACCGAGGUAUGUGCAAACAACUUCUACAAACAGAAGCAGAGUUCCGAACACAAAUUGAAAAGAUAGAACAAACACUCAAGCCAUACACAGACAUCAAAUUACUAGAUUUAAUUCAAGAUGACUAUGCUGACUUCACAAAACCAGACAUAGCACAGCCAGUGCUAUUUGCUAUUCAGAUGGCAAUUGUAUCUCUUUUGAAGUUUUGGGGAGUGCAGCCCGAUGUUACCAUUGGCCAUUCAGUUGGGGAAGUUGCUGCAGUAUAUUGUGCUGGAAUACUUUCAUUACAAGAUGCUGUAAAGGUGCUUUACCACCGAAGUGUAUUACAGUCAACAGUAACAGGGGGGAGAAUGUUAGUGGUUAGCAAUUUACCCCUGUCAACAGUGUCAGACAAGCUUGAUUCAUAUUCAGGGAGCCUGUGCAUUGCUGCGUUUAAUAGUCCCUCAUCAUGUACAGUGUCAGGUGACUCCAAAGCAAUAGACAAACUAUACACAGAAUUAUCCAGUUCAUUUGGUGACAAAAAUGUAUUCCUUCAUAUUUUAGAUGUCUCAGCAGCAUAUCACAGUCACUUAAUGGAACCAAUUUUAAAGCAGGUGGAAGAGAACAUAGGCAACUUAGAAAAACAUGAAACAGAGACAAAAGUAAUUUCCACUGUUACUGGACAAUUAGUUUCAAGGGAUGACUGUGUUACGGGCGAAUAUUGGGCCAGAAAUAUUCGCGACCCUGUUGCUUUUGAACAAGCCAUAAGAGCUGCAGUUGCAGACGUGAAAAGCGCUGUGUUUGUAGAAAUAGGUCCAAGAAGGACCUUACAAAGGUACAUCAAAGAAAUUGUAGGGAAUGAGGCUCUGGUUUUCCCUGCAGUACAGCCAGAUAGAGAUUAUGAAACACUGCUUUCGGUUUUAUCGAAACUCUUUGAACUAGGGUACAAUCCUAACUGGCAAAAUAUGUAUGUAGAACGUGAGACUGCUCCAACAUUGUACCCUUUCUAUAAGUUUGAUCGUGCUAAGCUUCAGGUCAAUUUUGAAGACUUUAGGCAAAGUAAUGAAAAUGCAACAUCUAUCACUCAUCCCCUUCUCCGCAAUUCAAACAGAGAUGGCAAAGAAUACAACUACAACCUAACACCAGCAACAAUGCCAUAUAUAUUGGAGCACAAAAACAACAAUAUACCUAUAUUACCUGGUUCCAUUCAUGUGGAACUUGGCUUAGCAUCUGCCCUGGCAAGUUUUAAGCCAAAGAUACCGCUCGCUUUGUGCCAAAUCAGUAUUACGUUUUUGAAUCCCUGUAUUGUCCAAUCAAACUUAACUGAGCUCAAGGUACAACUUAACAAGGAAGAUAAAGUGACCAAGUUUAUUGUUUUUGCAUCUACUGCCACUUAUGCUAAGGGAGAGGUUCAUCAAGUAACGGAAUGCAUUGUUGAAGAAAAUAUUAUCGCUCUCCAACAUAUUUUGCAAAGAGCUAAAGAAAAGAUAAAGGCAGAAGACAUCUAUGAUAAGCUCUCUUCUUUAGGUUUCCAAUACGGUUCAGUUUUUAGACACCUUGGGGAUGUGUUUUGUGGGGAUGAGUUAAAGGAAGCUAUAGCAUGUAUUAAGGUACCUGACGAGAUUGUGCUGCAGAUGCAUGAUUACCACAUUCAUCCAGUCAUUUUAGAUUAUUAUUUGCAAAUGACAGCUGUUGUAGCAAUGAAAAUGUCAAAUUCUAGAGCAGGAUUCCCGACAUUCAUAGGGAGUUUGACAGUAUGCCGACCAAUGCAAAAGGAAAUGAUGAUGUAUCUGAGGACAUGUAAAAAUACUGCAGAGUUUUUCGAGGUCUCUGGGGGGUUUACGGAUCCAAAGGGAGCCCUCAUUGCAGAACUAAAAAAUGUCAGAAUUACAUUUCUUAACCAACAAAAUUCCACAGAAUUCAAUAACCUUUUUUACCAGAAUACUUGGGAGGAAAUUGUUCACCUUCCCAUACCUUCCAAAGGUAUGGGUCAUGCUUCUGCCCCCAAAUCAUUGGUCUUUGCAGAUAACUGUGGAAUUGCCAACAGCCUACAAAGGUACUUGCACAGUCAGUCCUCAUAUAUUCCUUACCGGGAACCUAGGACAUUGAUGCACACAGAAAUUACCCAGGUUCUAAGACAGCACAAUAUAAAUGAUUUGAGCAGCUUUGAUGAAGUGUUAUUCUUGUGGGGAAUGCAAAACUUAACUGACCAGAACAGCAAAACAGUGGUGGAGCAUAUUAGCAGCUGCUGUGAGAUUUACCGUCAAAUCCUUCAACUAGUUGGAGGGAAAAAAUCCAAAAAGUCUAUCAGAACAAUCACGUUCAGGACAUCAGAAAAAACAGUGGAUCAAAUCACUCCAGGCUUUGCCUUAUGGGGUAUGACCAGAUCAUGUGCCGCAGAACUUCAGGAGGUUACCUUUCACCUGAUUGACGUCAGCUCUGCCCAUGAUGCAGACAUUACAGCAUUAGCAAAUGCAAUUACCUUGCCUCAUAAUUACCCUGAAGUAAUGAUUAGGCUAGGAAAGAUGUAUACAUCCCACAUCACACGAAUGCCCAGUAAAAUUUCUGACAACAUUCACAGCAUGGUUCCUUACUCUGCUUUUGAAAAUGUUAGUUUCCAAACAAUGGAUCCCUACAAAGUUGUAAAUUUCCAUGCAAAGCCACAACAAGACAAAAUGAAUGAGCCAACAGAACAAACUGUGCACAUUAAAAUUGAUAAAAUUUGCAUCCAUUCGUCAGAUUACUUUCCAAUCAGUGUAUCAGAUAUGAACUUUGGACGGACAAUGUACUGGGACAAAACUAUGAAAGAUGGGCACAAACUACUUGCUCUAGACUUCAGUGGUACAGUAACAGCAGUCAGCAGUGAUGUAAAGACCUGUAAAAUAGGAGAUCACAUUGUUGCGUGUUACCCAGUUGCUGCAUUUUCAACUGUCACCCUUUCUGCAUCCGUUUGUUACAAAAGCAGUAAAAUUCCAAUGCUGAAGCAGACACCAUGCGUUUCAUAUUUUUUACUUGCAUGGGAAAUACUAAAUAACAUUUUGCCUAGAGCUAAAAGUUACAAAAGCUUGGCAAUUGUUUCCAUUGCACCAGAAUCAUGUUUGAGUCAAGUGCUGUCCCUGGCAGCCAAAAGGUUGGGCUGGAGAGUUCAAAUUGAACAUAAUGACUUUUCACCUGCUUGUAUUCAUUCUGAUGCAUUGCUUUUCCUGCCUCCUUUUAAGACACCCUUAGUUGCAAAGUAUGUCAACAGCUCUUUUGCUAAACAUGUUGUUGUUCUCUUUGACAACAACCAGGUGCUUGACGCUUCUCAAAACAUUCCUGGUUGUGAAAAGGACAGUAUUUAUGUUCACGUUUUGCAGGUAGCUAACAUAUUUCAGAAGGGCUAUCUUAGGAAAUCUGCACAUGAUGUUUACAAGUGGAUGAAAUCAAUGCAUUUAAAAAGGAAGCAGCUUGAUUUACCAAAAAUUAACUUUCAGCAAAUGAUCUCUGAUGUGGAUGAAGGCAGGGCCGAGUCAUACUUUACCUGCAAAGCUGUUUCAAUUGUAGAUCUGAAUAGCACAUGUGCACCAAAUAGUGGUAUGUCAGAGAUACAAGUGUAUCACAACCAAAAGCAACUUUUUAAAAGUGAUGCUGCAUAUAUAGUGACAGGGGGACUUACAGGGCUUGGCUUUCAGACGGUAAAUUUCAUUGCCUCACAUGGUGGUGGAUAUGUCAUUAUUCUGUCAAGAAGCACCCCAUCUAAUGAGAAGCAGGGAGAAUUGAGAAAUCUCUGGAACUUGUUUGGGACUAUUGUAACUAGCAUAGCCUGUGACAUUUCAGUGCUGUCAGAUGUUGAGAAAGCAAUCAAUGCCUUUUAUCACUUCUUUCCGAAGAUUACAAUUAAAGGAGUUUUUCACAGUGCUGUUGUAUUACAUGAUGGCUUUCUUCAAUCUCUAAACAAAUCAUUGUUUGAAAAAGUUCUGAAUCCCAAAAUUGCAGGAGUUCUGAAUCUUCACUGUACAACGCAAUCCCUCCAGCUGGACUACUUUGUAUGUUACUCAUCGAUUGCAUCAUUUAGUGGAAAUUCAGCCCAAUCAAACUAUUCUGCAGCAAACUCGUUUCUUGACUUCUUUAUCCACUAUAGGCGAAACCAAGGGCUUGUAGGGCAAUCUUUAAACUGGGGUGCAUUAAACCUUGGUCUGUUACUCAAUAAGGAUAACACCCAAAGAUUUCUGGAAUCAAAAGGGAUAAUGGUUAUGGAAGCUUCAGAAAUUUCUGAAUGCCUUGAACACUGCUUGGUACUAAACAAUCCGCAACAAGCUGUAUGUAAAUUUAAUUUCUUGAAUUUAUAUAAGAAUGUUGUCUCUCAAAAUCUAUUCCUCAAAGCACGAUUCCUUUCACUUGUACAGGAGGAGAUCAGUAAAACACAGCUCAAUCAAGAGCAAGUUUUAUCUAGUAAUUCAACAAUGACACCUGAGCAGUAUGUCAUUGCAUUGUUGUCUGAAGUCAGCAAUGCUGACCCUGCAGAGUUUACGAAAGAGUCAUAUCUUUCCAGCUUUGGCCUUGAUUCCAUGCUAAGCAUGACAAUACAGAAUCGUAUUUAUCAGGAGAAAAACAUCAACUUGCCACUGGUAACAUUUCUUGAUCCAAAGACAACAGUACGUACUGUGGUGUCACUGCUUGAAGAGAAAACUGCUAUCCAACCACACUCUGGAAAAACAACUCUGCCACUGAAUAAAUCUUUGAGUGAUACACUUGAGUACAGCCAGUUGUAA